AUGCUUCGAUUGGGACAAUUUGUACUUUUGCUUAUCUUGGCUGCUGCCAUUUUCUCGAUUCCAACCAGCUAUUCAAAGAGCAAUCCACAAUUGUUCAACCUUUUCAAACAAAUUCAUAACAAGUAUGUUAGAUCCGUUUAAAAAACUGAAAUUUUUCCAAUUUUUUUUUCAGAAAAGCAGUUGGAGAUGCUCUCCCAUACGAUCAUUCGGCAUUUUCGGAUAAUAAUGGAUAUGGUUUUGACAAUGAGCCAUUGUUUGUGAUUGUUUGA